UGCUCCCAGCCUACUAGCGGUCACCCUGAAGGGUGCAGCAGCCAAAGUGUCUGACUGCUGGGACGGGUUCCAGCUCUCACCGCAACCCAGAAGGAUAAGCUCCUUAGAAGCAGUGAAUUGGCACAUCAGAGAAGAGCUGAAAGACUACAGCUAAACUACUGGAACAAUUUCACACAAUCUCCGAAAGCUUACUAACCACUGAAAUGGCAGACAAGGAUUUGCUGCUGUUGGAAAGCUUCUUCAACAGCACAUUUGAGUCUGAUGAGAUGGAUUUUGAUGAACUGGACUGCUCUGAUCCUUUGGCCAUGAGUGGCAGGUGUGCCUUACACAAAGGGCUGCAGAUUGAGAUUACUAAGCAGCCUCACAGUAUGAGACAAGUGGCAAAUUUCAUAAUUGCCCUGAACAAGUUCAAGCACACUCAGAAAGUCCGGUCCACAGAAUUCACCGACAAUGAGCUAUUCAACAUCAUCUUGGAGAGCGUAAUUGAAGAGAGUGUGGUGACAACGGUACAUUGUGAAUCUUUAAAGACUUACAACAAGCACGAUAGAGUCAUCCAGUGUACCGUGUGUGACAGCUUAAAGAAGAGCCUGGUGCGGUUUCAAGGUGGCCGCACCCUCUUAGCAGUCACUCUGAAGGGUGGAAACAGUAGCCAAAGUGUAUCCAUCAACCUGUCGUCCUACACCACUCCAAGGUGUGGAGCCACAAACGGCCUGCCAGUGUGUUUGGGGAUUGCGCAGAGCGACCUGUACCUUGCAUGUACAAAUGUUUCUGGAACUCCUAGUCUUAAUCUAGAGGUGGUGGAGGACAAAGAGGCGCUGAAGACUAUCUAUGAGAAUGAUGACAUGGAGCGCUUCCUCUUCCUCCGAAAAGAUACUGCAAAAUCAAAUAACACCUUCGAAUCAGUGAAGUACCCAGGCUGGUUCAUCAGCACUUCUAAGAAUGAAUACACGUCGGUGGAUAUGUGUGUUGAGAGAGACACCAGCCGUCAAAAAGUCUUUUCACUCCACAAUCAGAAAGUAAUCUAAGAAUCAGAUUUCAUUCACAAUACUAGUUUUCCCUAACGUAUGUACUAAGUACAGUUAUACAUCUGGAGGCUUAUGCUAUGUUUGGAUAUUUCUCAGUUAGAGAUUCCUAACCGGCAAUCACAUCUUGACCCAAGAAGUAAACAGUUAUAAGGUUAUAAAUGUAAGCCAGGAAAAUUCUGGUGUUGUAACGUCCAAGACGUUUUAUACAUGUAUUGUUAUUUAUAAACUCUAUUUAACUUGAAUGUAUUUAUAUUUAUAAAAUCUAUUUUCAUGCUAAUGCUUACAAUGAAAUAAAACUAACAAAUAUA